GACCAUGAGAAGCGAGAGCGAGAAGACAAAAACGAAUGGCGGCCCCUCUCUCUCUCUCGGGUCCGGUGCUCUGCGUCCACCCAUUGCCGAAGACGGCCGCGACCUUCCCCGUUGCCGCCCGCGGCGUCGCGCAGCAGUGGCGGCGAAGACGGUGGUGGGGACCGGGGAUCUUCCACCGCCGGAUCGGCCCGGCUGGCCGGCCGCCAGCAGCGGGGUCGAGGGCCGACGACUCCUCGGCCCCGUACGAGAUGACGGUGGAGAACGCUCUCAAGCUCCUCGGCUUGUCGGAAAGCGCCUCCUUUGACGACAUCCUUCGGGCCAAGAACGCCGUCCUCGCCUCUUGCAAGGACGACGUGGAAUCCGCUGCCCAGGUGGAGGCUGCAUAUGACAUGUUGCUCAUGCAGAGGUUGUCACAACGGAGAGCUGGCAAAGUUGCAAACAGUAGUAUUAGAUAUGCCGAUGUUAAACCUAUAAGAAGUACAGUAACAGGUGCAAUGCCAGAGUGGCUGCAGAAGAUGGUCAAGAACAUUCCUGUUUCUGUUGAAUCUCCAUCUGCCAACAAUUUGGGCAUACAGGCAGGUGUUUAUGGAGCCUUGAUGGUUUCUACAUUCGUUAGUGGCGCUUCCCCAACUUCUGCAGGUCAAUACAUUGGAGCUGAUGUUUCUGGGCUACUAUUAGCUACAAGUUUUGGAGCUUCCUUGUACUUUUUGUCAAAGAAGAAAAUGAGCCUAGGAAAAGCGACGGUAAUCACUAUCGGGAGCAUUGUGGUAGGCGCGGUAAUUGGAUCAGCAGUUGAGCAUUGGUUGCAGGUGGAUAUAGUUCCUUUCUAUGGUCUUCAUUCACCUGCAGUAAUUGUGAGCGAGUUCAUUCUCUUCUCACAGUUCUUGGUGUCUGUGUAUCUAAGAUAGGUUCAAAUAAUAGUCGUGUGUCCUGCAAUUAGCUGGAACCAUUUUUCUUGUACAUUGUUCAUCAUGAUUAGAGCCACCAACUGUAUCCAGAAUGUUGAAAAUAAUUUGCAUAGCAACCAUGUAGUACUUGAUCUUUUAAAACAGUAUAGGUAUAUGCACCUGUAUA